CCUAAAUGAAUAAAAAUCAGUUCACAGUUGUGAGUUGUAAAUUCCAGCAACUAUAGAAAAUUACUUAUGGGAAAACAACUAAUUGUGUCACUAAAACAAAGUAAUUGUUAAAAAUAAGUUCAUUGAAUUCAUUAACAAUUAGGAGCGUAGUUGAAAAAAGAAACAACAACAAAAUUCAAAUACAAACUCCUGUAGCACCUACUAUCCACUUAACUGACGUGUCAACACAACCUGCACUAAAACAACAAAGUUUUCCUUUCAUAAUAUAAAUUAAAAGCAGUAUUGUAUUAAUUCCAACGUAAAACUGGCGCAUUCCAGCAACAGUAUGCGUCGUAAUAACUAUCCGUAUCAACCUCUCAACCAGACGGCAGGUCAAAGUGCACAACCACACGACGCGCUGGAAGAGGAGAACGAACGCGCUGCUGAGGAACUAAAACAUAAAAUCGGUGCACUGAAGUCAUUAACUAUAGAUAUUGGCAAUGAAGUACGCUAUCAGGACAAGUUAUUGCGUGGUAUUGAUGAUGACAUGGACAGAACGGGUGGAUUUCUGGGUAACACAAUGGCGCGCGUCGUACGUUUAGGGAAGAACAGUGGUGGCCGUCAUAUGUGCUACAUGUUUCUUUUUAUAUUGUUUGUGUUUCUGAUAUUGUACGUUGUUAUUAAAAUUAAGUGAAUCGAUUGCUGCAACUAAAUUAGAAUCAAGUGUUUAGUUAAAUUAUUACGAGAAACGAAUGUGUUGUGGAGCUACAUGCAGCCAAACUUCUAGCGACUGUUUUAUAACGAGCUAUUAACAACAUUGCGACUACAUUUAAUAGAUUAAACUAUUUUUGUAAACAUAAAAAAUAUAUAUAUAUAUUUGUUAGAUUUUUUAAAUGUAAAUAAAAUCUAAAAGAGCAUAACCUACAAACUA